ACGCGGCGAGAGCAGCAGCUGCCGCCUUCAGCCUGAGCCAGGAUUCCUUUCAGAGAAUCACAGCAGCAGUCCAGGGGCUGAAAGAGAAGGAAGUGAAAGCAGGCUCUUCCCUGCAACCUGACAACUUUUUUUCUGGCACAUCAGCAAGACAAUAUAUUUAUACCUUCCUACCCAAAAGAAAAGGGGAAAACAGCACAGGAUUUCCUAUCUCUUGCAAGAUUAAAAUCAUUUUUGAAAAGUUUUAUAUUAAGAACUAAAAGAUCUCUGCAGGUGUGAAACAGGAUCUGAUUCUUAAGCAAUAUGACAGGCCAAAUAGACAGUAGCAUACAUUACAACUACGAGUAUGAAGAGGAUGAAUAUAUGAACCAAGAGGAAGAAUGGGACAGGGAUCUGCUUCUGGACCCUGCAUGGGAGAAACAGCAAAGGAAGACAUUUACCGCCUGGUGCAAUUCCCACCUACGAAAAGCAGGCACACAGAUUGAGAACAUUGAAGAGGAUUUCAGGAAUGGCCUUAAACUGAUGUUGCUUUUGGAAGUCAUUUCAGGGGAAAGACUUCCGAAACCGGACAGAGGGAAGAUGCGUUUCCAUAAAAUUGCAAAUGUCAACAAAGCCCUAGAUUUUAUAGCCAGCAAAGGUGUCAAGCUUGUCUCCAUUGGUGCAGAAGAAAUUGUAGAUGGCAAUGUGAAAAUGACCCUGGGCAUGAUCUGGACAAUCAUUCUUCGUUUUGCUAUUCAAGAUAUUUCAGUAGAAGAGACAUCUGCCAAAGAAGGACUGCUGCUGUGGUGUCAAAGAAAAACUGCUCCUUACAGAAAUGUGAACAUUCAAAACUUCCAUCUUAGCUGGAAAGACGGCCUUGGUCUUUGUGCGCUUAUCCAUAGACAUCGACCUGAUCUUAUUGACUACUCCAAACUAUCUAAGGAUGACCCAAUGGGAAAUAUAAACCUUGCCAUGGAAAUUGCUGAAAAAUAUUUGGAUAUCCCAAAGAUGCUGGAUGCAGAAGAUAUCGUGAACACUCCUAAGCCUGAUGAGAGAGCUAUCAUGACUUAUGUUUCCUGCUUCUACCAUGCUUUUGCUGGAGCAGAGCAGGCAGAAACAGCAGCUAAUCGGAUUUGUAAGGUACUUGCCGUGAACCAAGAAAAUGAAAAAUUGAUGGAAGAAUAUGAAAGGCUAGCAAGUGAGCUUUUAGAAUGGAUUCAACGCACAACUCCAUGGUUGGAAAACAGGACCCCAGAGAAGACUAUGGCAGCUAUGCAGAAGAAGCUGGAGGACUUCAGAGACUAUCGCCGUAAGCACAAGCCUCCUAAGGUCCAAGAAAAAUGCCAGUUGGAGAUAAAUUUCAAUACAUUGCAAACAAAGCUGAGGAUCAGCAAUAGGCCAGCUUUCAUGCCUUCAGAAGGGAAGAUGGUGUCGGAUAUUGCCAGUGCUUGGCAAAGACUUGAACAAGCAGAGAAGGGCUAUGAGGAAUGGCUGCUGAAUGAAAUACGGAGACUUGAGCGACUUGAACACCUGGCAGCCAAAUUUAGGCAAAAAGCUACUUCACAUGAAACCUGGGCAUAUGGCAAAGAGCAGAUUCUGCAGCAGAAGGAUUAUGAAGCUGCUACUCUGACAGAGAUCCGUGCUUUGUUGAGGAAACAUGAAGCUUUUGAGAGCGACUUGGCCGCUCACCAGGACAGGGUGGAACAGAUAGCUGCCAUUGCCCAGGAGCUGAAUGAACUGGAUUACUAUGAUGCUGCAAGUGUUAAUGAUCGAUGUCAGAAGAUUUGUGAUCAGUGGGACCGACUGGGAACACUCACUCAGAAGCGGAGAGAAGCCUUGGAGAGGACAGAGAAACUGUUGGAAACAAUUGAUCAGCUUCACCUAGAGUUUGCUAAGAGAGCAGCUCCAUUCAACAACUGGAUGGAAGGUGCAAUGGAAGAUUUGCAAGACAUGUUUAUCGUUCACACUAUAGAGGAGAUCCAGAGUUUAAUCACUGCCCAUGAGCAGUUUAAGGCCACUUUACCUGAGGCAGAAGGUGAAAAACAAGCUAUCCUAUCAAUUCACAAUGAAGUAGAGAAGGUGAUUCAGAGUUACAGCCUCAGAAUAAGUUCCAACAAUCCUUACAGCGCAAUCAACAUGGAGGAGAUUCGUACCAAAUGGGAUAAGGUAAAACAACUUGUGCCUGUGCGGGAUCAGUCGCUGCAGGAGGAGCUAGCCCGCCAACAUGCCAACGAACGCCUGCGCCGCCAGUAUGCUGCUCAGGCCAACGUCAUUGGGCCCUGGAUUCAAAGCAAGAUGGAGGAGAUUGCCCGAACCACCGUUGACAUAACAGGGCCAUUAGAGGACCAGAUGACUCAAUUAAAACAACAUGAACAAAAUAUUAUCAAUUACAAGAUUAAUAUUGAUAAACUUGAAGGAGAUCAUCAAAUGAUUCAAGAAGCCCUGGUGUUCGAUAAUAAGCACACUAAUUAUACAAUGGAGCAUAUUCGUGUUGGAUGGGAGCUGUUAUUGACCACUGUUGCCCGAACUAUCAAUGAAGUUGAGAAUCAGAUCCUUACAAGAGAUGCCAAAGGAAUUACCCAGAAACAAAUGAAUGAAUUCAGGGCAUCAUUUAAUCAUUUCGACAGGAAGAAGAAUGGGCUUAUGGACCAUGAUGAUUUCAGAGCCUGCUUAAUUUCAAUGGGUUAUGAUUUGGGUGAAGCAGAGUUUGCUCGAAUCAUGUCCUUAGUUGAUCCCAAUGGUCAGGGAACUAUUUCCUUCCAAUCUUUUAUUGACUUCAUGACCAGAGAGACUGCAGAUACUGACACUGCUGAACAAGUUAUUGCUUCUUUCAGAAUCCUAGCUUCAGAUAAGCCAUAUAUUCUUGCUGAUGAGUUGCUUCGAGAACUGCCCCCUGAACAAGCUCAGUAUUGCAUCAAGAGAAUGCCAGCCUACAAGGGUGCAGGUGCUGUUCCUGGAGCUCUGGAUUAUACCUCGUUUUCAUCAGCACUGUAUGGUGAAAGUGAUCUGUAACUGGCUGUAUGGUCACUGUGAGCAACUGUAGUGAAAAAUGUGUUAUUUCCUAGCUUGCUCUUCAAAAAUGCAGCAAUUUGAUGUCAAAAUGAGUUUCUUGAGCUUAGCAAGUUCAUUCAGUACCUAACUAUACCAUAUAAAGUGUGUGGCUUUGAUAGACUUUUACGUUGUUUGUUUUUACUUUGUCAGCCUUAUACAGUCACAGACUGCAAUGGCCCAGCGCCGUAUCUGGUUGUGGUUUUUUUAAACAGGUGGGGAAGCACAUAAGAAAUAUUUCUCUCAGUGUCAAGUUAGGAAGCCUCAGGAAACAUGAAAAUUAAACCCAACACAGCUUUAAUAUUCAUUCUCUUCUGUAAGAAUAUUUCACACUUUAUGUGAGACUUCUAUAAUCUUCCUCCACGUAUCACUUUUUUGCUUUCAUCCCAGGUAAUGCUUUCAUCUCCAGAUACCUAGUUGCUUCUGCAGGUGGAGUUGCAUAUGCAAGAGAAACAAGGAAAUGAAUCAAGCAAAAAGCAUAGUCCAUAUCAUAUGAGACUUUUUAGUUUUUAUGUGAACUCUGAUUGGAAUCUCGGUUUAGCUUUUUUGUUGGCCUAAUUUUAAUGGAACCUCAGGAGUUAAUUGCCAACAGAUGAAUAAUAUUUAAUCUUAGACUUAAAACCAAUACCUGGCUUUUAACUUGGCAACUGAAAGGGCACAAAACAGAUAGACAAGAUUUAAAAAAGAGGCUUCCUAUGUCUGUGUCAAAAAGUUUGCUCUCUGUGUAUUCAUUGUUCUGCUGCAUUUGGUAUCAAUUAAGCUGAAUGUUCAUUUUUAGAACAGUGACUCUAUGGCAAUUUGUGUGGUCAUUUAUUAACUAUUUUCAUCUCAGCAGUCUGUAGAGCAACAAACCUUUUUACUUGAAGCCUAGCAGUUGCAGGAGGAAAAAAAAGCAAUGCAAGCAAACAAAUAUUCACAGAUUGCAACAAAAGCUGUACAAUCCUGUACUACUAAAAUGUGCCUACUAAAUAAAAGUCUGUUUUUCAAACCUUAA